AUGAGCUUCUGGGUGUUCUGCUUCCGCAUCAAGCAGUGGGAUUCAGGCUGCAUCCUGCAGUUCAGCCUGGUCCUGGGGGACAUCCUGAUCAUCCCCGCAGCUCCCCUCAGGAUUUCCUACUUCAGCCUUGGCAACCAGUGGCCAUUUGGGCAGUUUCUCUGCCAGCUGGAGGUCUUCCUGCAGAGCACCCACCUGUACAGCAGCAUCUACUUCCUGAUGCUCAUCUGCGUCCAUCGCUACUUUGUGGUGGUGAGGUACAAGAACAAGAGCCUCUGGAAGGAGAGAAGCUUCCUGAUUAAGCUGAGCUGCUUCAUCUGGCUCAUCCUCUUCAUCCAGGGGCUGCCUUUAUUCUUCCUCCUCAAGACUUCAGUUAUUGAUGGCUCAGCAAAAUGCCUGAACAUUCACCAGUCGGAUUUGUCCUCUCUUUACUUUCUCUACAACAUGCUCUUGGUUGUGCUCUCUUUCCUCCUGCCCUUUGCCAUUUCCUUGACUUUUGGAGUUCUGUUGGCAGUUGCCAUCGCUCAAGUGGCCAAGAAAAGCUCCAGAGGCAAGAAGAUGAAGAGCAGAUCUCUGCAAAUGAUAACAGUGUCCUUGGUGAUCUUUGCUGUCUGCUUUGGGCCCCUGCACAUCUGCAGAACCAUUGCUGUCGUCGUGAAGUACUAUGGCCUGGCUUGUAAGCUCCUGCAGCAAGCAGAGUUUGCCUACUACAUCAGCUGGGUGAUUACCAUGGCAAACACCUGUCUGGAUCCCCUGAUCUAUGUGUUUGCUAAUGACAAGUUCCAGAGGAGCUUUGCUGACUCCUUUCACAGACGCUGGACCAUGAGGAGGAAAGGUCCAGGAGCCACCAGCUCAGACCCUCCCACAGCAUCCUGUGCCAAUCAGCAGCUGAAGCUGCAGUCCUGCCAGGGACUGCAUCUCAUCCUACACUGA